UGGCUCUGCCGGGCCGGGCUCCCCUCGCACCGCCAUGGAGUGACGGGCCGGCGGGGGCCGGAGGAGCCGGUGCGGAGCGGACCUUUGGAAGAUGGUCAGGCUGCUCAGGCGCCUCGGAGAUCUCAUGUCACGAUGAAGGCUCCCCCCCGGGGGGCUCCCAGGGUACUCCUCUUCCACUUGGUCUGCUCCUUGGCGGCCUACGCCACCGGCGCCCGCCCUAACGCCACGGUCCCCUUUGCCCACGCGGACUACGACGGCCACCCCAUGCUCUACUUCUCCGGGCGUGAGGUGGCGGCCCUGCGGCUGCAGGCGGCCGGCACCCAUCGGCAUAUCGCGGCUCGCCUGGCGGAGGCAGCCCAGACCAUGCUGGCCAGCCCUCUGGAGUACCUGCCCCCCUGGGACCCCCGGGAUUUCAGCGCGCGCUGGAACGAGAUCUACGGCAACAACCUGGGCGCCCUGGCCAUGUUCUGCAUCCUGAACCCCGACCACAGCGAGGCCCGCGAGAUGGCCAAGGAGUACAUGGAGAGGAUGGCGGCGCAGCCUAGUUGGCUCGUUAAAGAUGCCCCGUGGGAUGAGGUCCCCCUGGCCCACUCGCUGAUGGGCUUCGCCACGGCUUAUGACUUCCUCUACGACUCUCUGAGCAAGACGCAGCAGGAGCGGUUCCUCGAAGUGAUCGCCAACACGUCGGGGUACAUGUACGAGACAUCCUACCGGCGGGGCUGGGGCUUCCAGUACCUGCACAACCACCAGCCCACCAACUGCAUGGCACUGCUGGUCGGCAGCUUGGUGCUCAUGAACCAAGGUUACCUGCAGGAAGCCUACCUGUGGACCAAGCAGGUGCUGAGCAUCAUGGAGAAGUCCAUUGUCCUGCUGCAGGAGGUGACAGACGGGUCUUUGUACGAAGGCGUGGCCUAUGGCAGCUACACCACCCGCUCGCUCUUCCAGUACCUGUUCCUGGUCCAGAGGCAUUUCAAUAUCGACCACUUCGGCCAUCCCUGGCUCAAGCAGCACUUUGCCUUCAUGUAUCGGACCGUCCUGCCCGGUUUCCAGCGGACCGUGGCCAUCGCCGACUCCAACUACAACUGGUUCUACGGGCCGGAGAGCCAGCUGGUCUUCCUGGAUAAGUUCGUCCUACGGAACGGCAGCGGCAACUGGCUGGCCGAGCAGAUCCGGCUGCACCGUGUGGCGGACGGGCCAGGCUCCCCGUCUAAGGGCCAGCGCUGGUGCACCCUGCACACGGAGUUCCUUUGGUACGACGCCAGCCUGCACUCAGUGCCCCCGCCUGACUUCGGCACUCCCGCGCUGCACUACUUCGAGGACUGGGGCGUCGUGACAUACGGGAGCGCGCUGCCGGCCGAGGCCCGCCGGCCCUUCCUCUCCUUCAAGUCGGGGAAGCUGGGGGGCCGGGCCAUCUUCGACAUCGUCCACGGGAGCAAGUACCGCGACUGGAUCCGCGGCUGGAGGAACUUCAACGCCGGCCACGAGCACCCGGACCAGAACUCGUUCACCUUCGCUCCUAACGGCGUGGCCUUCGUCACGGAGGCGCUGUAUGGGCCCAAAUACACCUUCUUCAAUAACGCCGUGAUGUUCGCCCCAGCCCCGGCCGGUGGCUGCUUCUCUCCCUGGGAGGGCCAGGUCACGGAGGACUGCUCGUCCAAGUGGUCCCGGUACAAGCAUGGCCAGGCGGCCGACAGCCAGGGGCGGGUAGUGGCGGCCCAGGAGCGGGGCGGCGUGGUCUUCAUCCGGGGCGAGGGGGCGGGCGCCUACCACCCCCGCCUGCGGCUGAAGCACCUGCAGCGCAACCUGGUUCUGCUCCACCCUCAACUCCUCCUCCUCGUGGACCACAUCCACCUGGAAGAGGACAGUCCUUUGAAGGCAAUGGCCGCCUUCUUCCACAACGUGGACGUGCCCUUUGAGCCCACAGCGGUGGACGGGGUCCACGGCGCCUUUGUCCGCCAGCGGGACGGGCUGUACCGGAUGUUCUGGAUGGACGAGGCCGGGGCCAGCGAGCGGGCCACGCUCGCCUCGGCCGCCUACCCUCGGGGCUACCCCUACAACGGCACCCACUUCGUCAACGUAACCACGCGCCUCCGGGGCCCGGUCACCAGGGUGGCCUACCUAUUUGUCGGCCCAGCCGUGGACGUCCAGAGCUUCAAUGUCCACGGGGACGCGCGGCGUCUGGACGUGUUCAUCGCCACUGGCCAACACGCCUAUGCCGUCUACCUCUGGACGGCGGCCGAGGCCGAGGGCCAGCCGGUGUUCGCCCAGGUCAUCGCUGACCGCAGUAAGAUCUCUUUCGACCGGGCCUCGGCCGUCCGGCCCUCCGCCGUGCCCGAGGUCCCCGACUAUGUUGGCGUCGUGGAGCAGAACCUCCAGCGUUUCAAACCUGUCUUCCAGCAGCUGGAGCGGCAGAUCCUCUCCCGGGUCCAGAACACGGCUAGCUUCCGGGAGACCGCCGCGCGCCUGCUGCGGUUCUCCGAUAAGCGGCAGACAGAGGAAGCCAUCGAAAGGAUAUUUUCUGUCACAAGGCAGCGGCGACCCCAGCCCCAGCCACUGCCGGGAAAGGCGAAGAAGAGCCGGAGGAAGGGCAGACGCUCCAGGUUCGUAGAUGCUGGGCCUGACAUCUUUGCCCAGAUUGAAGUCAACGAGAAAAAGAUUCGCCAGGCGGCCCAGGUUCGGGCCCAGAAGGAGCUGCCCGUGGAUGAGGACGAAGAGAUGAAGGACCUCCUGGACUUUGCAGACUUUCCACAUGAGAGACAUCUGGACGGUGGUUUCAUCCGAAGUCAACCCGGGCGGCCCCAGAGAGCCACCCUGGCCCGGUCACCAGCCGCAGCAGCGUCCUAUACCAGGCUCUUCCUCAUGCUCAACAUUGCCAUCUUCUUCGUCAUGCUGGCCACGCAGCUGAGCUACUUCCAGCGGGCCCAGAGCCUGCAUGGCCAGCGAUGCCUGUACGCCAUCCUCCUGGCCGAUGGCUGCAUCCUGCUGUGGCUCUAUUCCUCCUGCUCCCAGACCCAAUGCUAGCGAUGCCGGCGACCCUUGACCAUCUCCACGGGAACACUCUGGGCCACACUUCUGCUCCCCCGCCUCCUCCCUCUGCGCCCCGCCAGCCCGCGGGAAGCCCAGCCGGAGUCUGCUCCGGAAAGGGUCCAGAGGUGGACGCGGACGGCUGCAGAGAGAAGGGAUUGGAUACGUGGAGGGCUGAUAGGAGAACUGAGCCAAACGGAGUCCCCAGGUCCAGAUUCCGGAGGAGGAGGAGGAGGUUGGGUCUCACACAGUUGGGUCUGCCUGGGCUUUAACCAGGAACUCUGAACGGUCAGGUGGGCGGAGGGCGGAGUGCCGAGGAAGACAUGGGGCGGCCCCAGGCCCAUGGCACUGCCUGACACCACCAGCACCCCUGCCUGACACCACCCAGCACCCCUUUCUCUCUCAUUUUUUCUCUCUCUGUCUCGGUGCCUGGGUCGGGACAGGGUGGUGGCCUCAGAGGAUGGGGCAUCAGUCUGGGGGCAAAAGUGAAAGAGGCCUAGUGGGAAGGGCAUUGAGAUCAAAGAAAAUUGGGAGUAAUUCUUCCAAGGGAACAAGGAAGAGACGGUUCUCCUUUAACACACACACUCUCUUUCUUCUUCUUCCUUUUCCUUUUUCCUCUUCCCCCCUCUACUCACUCACACAAAUACACAAGCACAUACCCAAAGUUUCUCAUUUGGAGCAUUGGGGCAAAAGCAGGGCAGAGAUUUUAAUAGGGAUGAGACCUGGGAGGGAACAGGCUUCAAAGGGCUUCCGGGAUGGACAGCCACCGCCUUGGAUCUCUUCAGCUGCAAGACACCCUCGGAGCCUGUCCGAAGCUUGGGGUGAGCAGGCCUGGGAGUCUGGCACAUCGGCUGUGGGGGCCCACAUCCCAGUCUCAGGGGAGGGGAAGAUUGGACCGGUUCCUUGACGAGCCAGAGAUUGGCUCUGAUUUGUUCUCCAGACAAUUCCAAAGCAGGUAGCAUAACUCCAGAUCCGUAUCCCUGAACCUGGGAAGACGAUGUCAGUCAAUGGGGGAGUAAAUCCAAGCCAACUUGCAGUGCCCUGUGUGGGGCAGGACUAACUCACGAUCAGGGAGUUGGUGGCAACGUAGUUCUCCGGAACAAGAGCUAGGUGCCUUCCUUUAUGUACAUUUUGAUAUAAAUAAACAGAUCCUAAUUUUCUCAA